AUGAGGUUUAGGAGUUCUUCUCACAGCCUAAAGCAUGUUGACAGAGAAUUGAAGGACUUAAUUAACUCAUCUGAAAAUGCCAAUAAAUGUGGUGAAUGCGGUAAUUUCUACCCAACUUGGUGUUCAGUUAAUUUGGGAGUUUUCCUGUGCGGUAGAUGUGCCUCGGUCCACAGAAAGGUGUUUGGUAGCAGGGACGACGACGCCUUUUCUAACGUGAAAUCAUUAUCUAUGGAUAAAUGGACAAGAGAGGAUAUCGACGAAUUAGUGAGUCUUGGAGGCAACAAAGGAAAUGCUCGGCUCUGGAACACCAAGAAUGUUCCCUUUCCCUUUGACGGUGAUGAUGACAAGACUGUUGUGGAACAUUAUAUUAGGGACAAGUAUAUUUUGGGUAAGUUCAGGUAUGAUGAAACAAAGCCUGAAGAUUUUGGAUCGAGAGCGGAUGAUUCUGAUAGGGAAUCAGAUAGGUUUCAUGAAAGAAAUAGGAGCAGGAGCAGGAGCGCAUCUCAUUCAUUCUACAAAGGGGGUCAUAACAGGUCUGAUUAUGGCGAUUCAAGGGACUCGUUUCAAAGCGGGGGUAGCAGAUAUUCCAGACAACUGAUAGAACUGAGAGACAUGGGUUACAACGAUACAGCAAAAAAUUUAGACGCAUUAUCGUUUGCUCACGGCAAUAUUAAUAGAUCCAUCGAUUAUCUUGAAAGAAAUUCAAGUUCAAGAAAUAGUGUAUCAUCACCAGCACCUGCAUCAAUCCCGCCCUUGCCUAGAAGACGUGCAACAACCGGUGGGCCACAGCCAGCUAUCUUUGAUGGUAGUGAUGUAAUCACGCCGGAUUUUACCGCAAAUUCCGCAUCAGCCUCUCAAGCAAAGCCAGCCGUUUUCGAUGGUACUCUUCAGCAGUACUACGAUCCCUCUACCGGAAUCAUAUACGUAGACCAGCAGCAAUACGCCAUGGCUAUGCAGCAGCAGCAGCAACAACAACAACAACAACAACAACAACAACAACAGCUAGCCCUGGCGCAAGCUCAGGCUCAGGCUCAGGCGCAAGCUCAGGCUCAGGCUCAGGCGCAAGCUCAGGCUCAGGCUCAGGCGCAAGCUCAGGCUCAGGCUCAGGCUCAGGCUCAGGCUCAACAGGCACAAAUGCAGCAGUUUCAGAUGCAGCAGCAACCGCAACUAACAUAUCAGCAAAUGCAACAGAUGCAGCAGGGAGGACAGCUCCCUCAAGGUUACUUCUACAUGCAGUAA